AUGAAGACUCAUCCCAUCACCUCGUCUGACCGCAAGGCGAUCCUGUCUCCAAACAUGCAGGAUCUCCCGGCUGAGAUCCUCAUCGAAGUCCUCUCUCUCGUGGACUUCGUAGCCUUUGACAGUAUGCGCCUAGUCAAUCGCCGCAUCGCCGCGAUCGCGGACAUGCACUGGCAGCGGAUUAUGACCGGCAUCAUCACGCGCGAAUUCCACCCUGUGGAUGAGUUCUUCGCCGCCUUCUUCGCCGCGGAGGUCCCGCCGGGGCUGUUGGCCCAUCCCCCGCUAUUGCUGAAGGUGGUCCAGGAGCUCAACGACCGGCCAAUGUUGAUAGACUUCUGCCGCGUCAUCAAGCGCUGGGAGGUGGAGAUGCCACGUCUGCGGUUUGCGAAGUCCCCGGCUGUGGCUCACCGCAGCCUGCUGCCGCAUGAGCUGACUCGGAUGAGAGGCGCGUUGUACUUUUGGUGGCGGUAUGCCCGGGCCUUCCAUGGGCACGCUCAACCAACUGCUGAGGCUGAUCAUUAUCUCGGAGGGUUGAGUCCUCCCCCGAAAUAUCCGUUUUCCUUCACCCGAAACUUCUCGACGAGCCGGUUACUUGAGGCCCUGGAUCUGUUCAGGACGGUCAGGAGCGCACUCCAAGCUUCCUGCCCCUCUAUUCGCCAGGUCACAAGCCUUUUGGACUUCCUUUCGCCCGACGCUAUCGUCAACAUGGCCUGGGGUGAUGACCACGAGAAUGCUUGUAUCAUCGCCACGAUGAUGCGGCUCCUUCCAAGGGAAAUCCUACACAUCAUCAUCUAUCGACACACCUAUCCCACCCAGUCCAGCUUAAUUUCUUUCAUCCGGCUCUGUCAUCCGAAGAUUGAAGACUCGGCCGAAACCUUCAUGGAAACGGUUUCUAUCACGCUAUGCCGCCGUCAGCUCCGAGGAAGGCAACCCUUCGGUUCUGUGAGCUUCCCAGCUGCUGAGGGUGGCAUUCUGGACCAUAGCAACCCAGAGGAUGAGGCCAUGCGAGUCAUCUACGACAAGGAUGCCAACCUCCCGACCGGGCUUUGCGAUUGUGUUUUCGAAACCAAGCGUGCUAGGUUGGAACCCUCGCGGUAG